UAUGAUUAUACCACUCUUGAUGAAUACUGGAGAGACAUGCGACAAAACAUGUAUCAGUACUAUGGACAGGAUGACACCCUUGUUGAAUGGAGUGGCUGGUAUCGGCUGUAUUUGAAUGGAGAAAGUGCUCAGAUGUCUGAGUGGUGUGUGAGUUAUGUGGGAUGUGGUGGUUACACUGGACUGUAUCUCAACGGUUCUCAUCCAACACUUGAGGAUGGAGUGGUGACCCGUGAAGUUUUGGGGGAUUUUAUAUGGUCUCACCAGUGUGACAACUACACAUCCACAUCCAUCCAAGUCAAAGCCUGUCCAGGAGAUUAUUACGUCUAUGAAUUUGUCAAACCCAACAUAUCAGCCUCCAUGCCUACAUACUGUGCAGUUGCUUUCAGCAGCAUCAGCAGUGAUCCCUGCUACAACUAUGAGUCUCUGGAUCGUCCCUGGAGAGCCAACAAUGAAAGUGGAGAUUACGUUUGUGAUGAACGAUUCUCCUGGAAUGGCUGGUACCGGCUUUUCUACUAUGGAAUGAACAUCCAGAUGUCAGAGACCUGUGUUAGUUCAUACACCUGUAACACAUACAUCAAUCUGUGGCUCAGUGGUCCUCACCCUCAGAUAGAGGAUGGAGUGGUGAUCAGAGAGGUCUGUGGUAAUUAUUAUUAUUGGGGUAACUGCUGUGAUUACAAGACAAACCCCAUCAGAGUGAAAGCGUGUCCAGGAAAUUACUAUGUCUAUGAACUUGUGAAUCCACAAAUCUGGUGUUCAGGAUACUGCACAGAUGUCGGCACCAUUUCACAGUCGAUUUCCACUGUAAGUCCAGAUAUAAUUACUGGAUCCAGCAUUACCUUGAAUUAUGACCCGUGCAAUAACUACAACAUACUUGACAACUACUGGAGAAGCACACUCAAUUACUGGUCCAUGUAUGGAUACAUCUCUGAUCAUGAUGACACUCGUGUAGAAUGGGAUGGCUGGUAUCGACUCUUCAUUGAUGGAUCAAGUGCUCAGAUGCCUGAGUGGUGUAUGUCCUACAUGUCAUGUGGAGGUUUUAGUUCUCUGUAUCUUGGUGGCUCUCAUCCUGAGCUAGAAGAUGGAGUUGUUACUCGUGAAAUUUACGGCUCUCGCCAUUAUCAGUGCAGUCACUACAGAUCUGAACCAAUCCAAGUUAAAGCUUGUCCUGGAAAUUAUUAUGUCUACAAAUUUACCAGACCAACUCUUUCAAUCCCAGCUCCUGUAUAUUGUGCAGUACCUUUCUCCACUCUAAGCAUCGAUCCCUGCUAUAACUACACCAGUCUGGAUGAGCCCUGGAGAGCCACAGACAAUCCUUAUUAUAGUAACUAUUACUACUAUGGCAUGUGUGAUUAUAAUGUGGAGUGGAAUGGCUGGUACAGGCUGUUCUACAAUGGUCAAAAUACUCAGAUGCCAGAAUCAUGUGUAAAUUUUGGCAUGUGUGGCACUUAUGAUCCACUGUCACUCAAUGGCACUCAUCCACAGCUGGAAGAUGGAGUGGUCACCCGUAAGGUCUGUCUCCCAUGGGGUGGCUGCUGUGAUUACACAUCCCACCCUAUAAGAGUCAAAGCCUGUCCUGGAAACUACUAUGUUUACGAGUUUGUCAAGCCAAUGAGUUGUGGAGCUUACUGUGCAGAGCCCUGUGCUGAACUCAGCUGCACAGAGGAUGAAUGGUGUGGAGAGGAAAACGGCGUCUAUGGCUGUUUGUGUAACGAGAACCAGACCAGACCAGAUUCUUUUG